AUGUCCAACACGGUAGAUGGGAAUGGUAAUACUGAAGAUGAUGAAAGUACGGAGAGGAAGACUUUGCAUCAGCAAUUGAAAGAAAAUAGAGGUAUGUACAAGAUUGAACAUCAAAAAAGGAAACAUCAAGAAUAUCGACAACAGAUGGAAUCUCAAAACUCAUCAUAUAAAUUGGACGACAAAUCAAGGCAGUUUUAUGAAAGUUUACGAGAGAAGGAAUUAAAAGAAGAACAGGAUCAAAAACUUGAGGACAUUAAACAGUUGGAGAAAUUUAGAAGAAUACGACAAACUAAUGAAAAACCAAUCGAAAACCUUAAAAUAUCAAGUAAAGUGACUAAACCAAUUAUUAAAGUCCCCUUAAAGAAACUCAAUCAUAAACAAGAGGAAAAAAUCAAACAAAUCUCAUCCAAGGAAUCAAGUCCAAGUCCAAUAGUAUCUGGCUAUUCAUCUUCUGAAGAUGAAGAUGAUGACUGA